CAACAGAUCUGCGCGCUUUUUUCCUUCUCCUUAUUGAGUUUUUUCUCAUUAUUCCGAUUUUCUUCAUGAAGUGAGUUUUUUUUUGGUUCGCCUGCCUGAGCCGCGCUGUUGAGUUGCUUUAUUGUUGCAAAAAAUAUAUAUAUACAAGCAUGAGGUCUACUUCUGAACGGGUUUGGAGGAUGAUCCGUCUGGCUGUGACAGUGGCACUCAUGACCGCAUGCAGAGCGUCUGAGUACGAGUACCUGAGCUGGAAAUCGGACUCUUACAACGCCGGGCGCAGCUAUGGCAAGCCUCCCCAGUGCGUGGACAUCCCGGACGACAUGCGGCUCUGUCACAACGUAGGCUACAACCAGAUGCUGCUGCCCAACCUGCUGGAGCACGAGACCAUGGCCGAGGUGAAGCAGCAGGCCGGCAGCUGGGUGCCUCUGGUGCAUAAGAACUGCCACCCGGGCACCCAGGUCCUCCUGUGCUCGCUCUUCGCGCCCGUGUGCCUUGAGCGGCCCAUUUACCCGUGCCGGUGGCUGUGCGAGGCGGUGAGGGACAGCUGCACCCCCAUCAUGGAGGCGUUCGGCUUCCCUUGGCCGGAGAUGCUCACCUGUGACAAGUUUCCCCAAGACGACGUGUGCAUUGCCAUGACUCACCCGAAUGCCACCGAGGCUACCAAACCCACAGAUUACUCUCCCAUCUGUCCUCCAUGUGACAACGAAAUGAAAACAGACGCCAUGCUGGAGCACAUGUGUGCCAGCGAGUUUGCUUUCAAGACCAAGAUCAAGGAGGUGAAGCGAGAGAACAUGGACCGCAAAGUGAUCCUGCAGAAGAGAAAGAAGAUGUUGAAAGCAGGGAACCUGAAGAAGAAAGACAUGAAGAAGUUGGUGUUGUACCUUAAGAACGGCGCAGACUGCCCCUGCCAGCAGCUGGACAACCUGGGGAACCACUAUCUAAUCAUGGGCCGCAAGGUGGAUAAGCAGUACCUCCUCAUGGGCAUCCACAAGUGGGACAAGUCCAGCAAAGAGUUCAAAAAGGCCAUCAAGAAACUCAAGACCUACAAAUGUCCUGCCUUCGAGAACGUCUUCAAAUAAUAUGACCGCCCCCUUCCUUUGGUCGCAUCUCAUACUACAUAUGAACUUGCACAAGCAUUAAAAUCCCAAACUUUGCUUUCUAUCAUCCUGUUUAUAUCAAUAUAUCUUUGUAUAUUUACAGAUAUACUUUGAAAUGUCCAUUGUUACGUUUUAGUUAAAUGUGGUGAGUGAUGACUCCACAAAUUAAAGGGUUGGGUUUCCUUUUUUUUCUUCUGCUUAAGAAAAGGACACUAUAGUAAAAGCCCUCCCUCACUGAAUCAUAAUUUCCACUAUAUGUAUGUAGAUACUUUAUUACACUCUUCCAUCCUACAGGUCAGUGGACUUUGCUUGAAGGAAUAGUUGGAUAUUUUUGGAACUAUACUUUCUUGCCUUCUUGCCAAGAGUAAAAUGAAAAUAGGUUUUUAUGCUAAAUAUGAAGCCAAAGCCAGCAGACAGUUAGCUUAGCUAGCUAGAAACAGUUAGCUUGGCUCUGUCCAAGACGGAAAAAAACUUAGUUAUAUUUUUCACUUUAUUUUUGUGCAGAUUAAACAAAUUGAUAAAGUGUUAUAGUAUGUGAGCUUUAAAGGUGCUAGUAGACUUUUUAGAUUUGUUAGGACAGAGCCAAGCUGUUACCCCUGUCUCCAGGUCUUCAUGUUAAGCUAGGCUAACAAAUCUGCUGGUUAUCACUUCAUAUUAAUUGUACAGAUACUGUAGAAGAGUUGUAUUGAAUGGCAUGUAACAAUUUGCAGGUGAGCAAAUAAGCAAAUUUCCCAAAAUGUCCAACUAUUUCUUCGUUCUCAUUCUGAUCAUAAAAUAAUAAAUCAUGAAAUCAAUUAUUAUACUACAGAAUUGGCAGUUGCUGGUAUUUUGAGCUUUAAAAGCGACACUGUAGAGAGCAGCAUCAGAUGGUUUCCUGUUGAAUAACUUAUUGACAGACAUGAGAAAGUGCUGCCGUCAGCUCAUUGUUUUGUCAAGCUAAAGACUGCACUACCAAUAAUUUUGAUCUUUUCCUUUUCAUUGCUUGAUUUCACUGUUGUUUGUGUUACUUGAAAAAUCUUACAUCUGUGUCACGAGAUAAUGUACAGGCCUGUGGCAAAAUAUUCUUCUUUCCAAUCGUGUGUGUGUCACCUGACAUAUAGGCCAAACAUUUUAACACAUUUCUGUCUCUCUAGAUUCAGUCUAAUUGUAGAACUCGGUAUUCCUUGGUAAUGGAAAAUAGCUUGCAGCUCAAAGUUUAUUUUAAAUGCAAAAGGUAUCAAAGUGCAAAUAUUGCCAACUCUGUUAUGGUGUGUUUAGCUUGGUGUUGCUGGUCCGUUUUAGCACUAUUUUGUUUCAUGAUUUGAAUGUCAGCGGUACAUUGCUGCCUAUUACAUGUACAUACAAAUUUUACAUA